AUGACCCCUAAUAUUGCUAUGCCGCCCAGUGAGGGGAGCAGACGGCCUCAGGAUUCCGACAGUGAUGGCCCUGUGAUAUCCGAUGUUCUUCCUAAAAACCGUGGCAUCAAUAUCUUUGCUUCUCUUACGAGGGAUUUUGAGCCCAUCGAUUCUCGCUUCAACGAUGCGACAAAGAAUGUAACCGUCCUGGCCCCUCGCAACAGCGUAAUCCAAGGACUUCCGCGUAAGCCUUGGGAGAAUCCGGAUGACUAUGCACAGUUCGGAGAGGCGAAGGCCUAUGAAGGGCAGGAAGGGCAGGACCGAGCGAAAAGCAACCUGAAGCGUUUUGUAGAGGCUCACAUAGUACCCAGAAGCCCUUGGAAUGAAGGGAAUGAAGUAGAGACUCUUGGGGGAGACAAGUUGAGCUGGGCUAAAGAUGGAGAUAAGAUCUUUAUCCAACCGGGAAAUAUUGAGGUUGACAGUAUUGCAGAACAAGUUUCAAAUGGUGAAGUAUGGAUCUUGAACGGCGUUAUCAACUACCGUUGA